AUGCCAAGUGUUUUGAGCAAUGAUGACCUUCUAUGUAAUGAUGCUGACACUCUGAUCCUGCAGAAUAUCGAGUUGGUCGACAUUUUUAGCCGAAAAUUUGCAUUGCUGCAACCCCUUGCCUUUCACAGGUUUCCAAAUGAAAGCCUUAUAUACCAUGGUUACCUUGGCUGUUCUCCGCUGCACCCGACUGUUGCCAUUUCUCUUUGCAUGCUUGCGGCUUAUCGACAGUCUCACAGGACUUGCCCCUGGUUUAGCAUUCAAGUGCAGUGUAAGGCCCUAUGCCACCUCCACAAUAUUCCUUACCAACCAUAUUUAAAUAUGCAAUUCUUGGACGCAUAUGAUGUUUACCUUGAGAUCUUGCAUCGGGUAGACUCCCUCAUCAAAGCAGCACUGAAGUGCGAUACACAAGAUUGGUGCCUUCUCAACUCGUGUCCCUGUUGCUGUUACAAACUAGACGACGAAGAUGACAUGACUUUUGAGUGGCUUGCCACCAUUGACGGCAAUAAUAGCUUGAAAAGAUGGUCAUCUUCUAUUUAUGGCACAUCUCCAAGGGAUGAUUUGUGGACUCAAUGUUCUGACUACUGGCUCCAUUGCACGAAAGUUGACCAAUUCCAACUUAAUGGUGCUCAACCUCAUGUAAUUUCCAAUCAGCAAGAUCCCACUGAUGACUGGGAGGAUGUGGUACAGUCAGACUCAGCACCAUUCAACUGCAUUGACCACUGGCGAAAUGCUGGUCCAGAAGCAUGUAAAUGCAUGUUUUCGGUUUUCGAAGAAUCUGGCAUUUUUAUUGUGGCCUGUCGCCACUGGUUCAUUCUUUUAGUGUGUGAUAUGGUCAAAAGUGGCGAAUUCUCAAAAUACCCACUCGCUACUCUAGAUCAUCUGCUCAAUGUCUAUGGGAAGAAUGGUGGCGUUGCAUACAAUAUCAGCUGCGCAUUUUCCAAGACACUGGAAAAUAGCUGCCUUGGACCCCGCACUUGUGAACUCAAUUUAUGA